AUGGGUUACGAGAAAGACGACGGCAUUUCCGUCGCCCCUCAAACCCCCCAAUAUGAUGUCUCUCUCGCUGAGAAGGGCGUCCUGGAGGUGCCCCAGGAGAAUGAGCUUCAUAGAGCGCUCAAAGCUCGCCACAUUACUAUGAUCGCCAUCGGCGGUGCCAUUGGUACAGGUCUUAUUAUUGGAACUGGUUCCGCGCUCGAGAAGGCUGGUCCCGGCUCGAUCCUCAUAUCCUACUCGUUCAUGGGUUUCAUCGUCUACCUCGUCAUGUGUGGUCUCGGAGAGAUGGCCACUUGGUUACCUCGUUCUUCUGGUUUCACUGGUUACGCCGUCCGCUUCUGCGAUCCUGCUUUGGGUUUUGCGCUUGGUUAUACGUAUUGGUUCAAAUAUAUCAUUGUUACGCCGAAUCAGUUAACAGCCGCUGCGCUGGUCAUUCAAUAUUGGUUGCCGGCCGACAAGGUCAAUCCUGGAGUAUGGAUCACCAUAUUCCUGAUCCUGAUCGUCUUCAUCAAUUACUUCGGCGUUGGGUUCUUUGGAGAAUUCGAGUUCUGGCUCUCCUCCUUCAAGGUCGUCGUCAUCAUCGGACUGAUUCUACUCUCCUUCAUUCUUAUGCUGGGAGGUGGCCCCGACCAUGACCGCAAAGGUUUCCGCUACUGGAAGGAUCCGGGAGCUUUCAACUCCUACAUCGACCUGGGCCCAGAUGGCCAAGGCUCGGCUGCUGGACGCUUCUAUGCCUUCUGGGCAACUUUGGUCUCUGCCACCUUUGCGUACCUCGGCACAGAACUCGUCGGAGUGACAGUCGGCGAGGCUCAGAAUCCCCGCAAAACGAUCCCACGCGCCAUCAAGCUGACCUUCUACCGUAUCCUCUUCUUCUACGUGAUUAGCGUUCUGCUCGUCGGCACCCUGGUUCCUUACGACAGUGAAGAACUCCACGAUGCAAACUCCGCGUCCACCUCUUCAGCCGCCUCCCCCUUCGUGCUGGCCAUCCAGCUCUCCGGUAUCCCUGCGCUCCCCCACAUCCUGAACGCCUGUAUCCUCGCCUUCGUCUUCUCCGCCGCCAACUCAGAUCUCUACAUCGCCACCCGAACCAUCUACGGUCUCGCCAAAGAAGGCAAAGCACCCAAGAUCCUGACCAAGACCGACCGCCGCGGCGUCCCAUACGUGGCUCUGGGAGUCUGCACCCUCAUCGCCCUGAUCUCCUACAUGAACGUCUCCAGCAGCUCCAAGACCGUCUUCAAAUACUUCGUCGACCUCGUCUCCCAAUUCGGUCUCCUCAGCUGGAUCUCCCUCCUCGUCACACACAUCUGCUUCGUCAAAGCCCGCGAAGCCCAACAAGUGCCCAAGAGCGAGCUCGCUUACACCGCGCCCUUGGGAGUCUGGGGGUCCUACUUCGCCCUGUUCUGGUGCAUCGUCGUCUCCCUAACCAAGAGCUUCGACGUCUUCACCGGCGACACCUUCAACUACAAGACCUUCAUCACCUCCUACCUCGGUAUCCCUCUCUACCUGAUCCUCAUCUUCGGGUACAAGUUCACAACCCGCUGCAAGCGCGUCCUGCCCCACGAGGCAGACCUCUACACAGACAAGGACGCCAUCGACCGCGAGGAAGCCGCGUACCUCGCUCAGCAAGAAGCGAAGAGGGCCGCGCAGGGCAAGAACCACAAGCAGGCGAACUGGUUCUACAAAACGUUCCUCUCUUGGCUGUUCUAG